UAAGUUUCUUCGCAACACAAUCGGACAAAAUUUGACGACGGAACCAUCCACUUCCGGUCUGGGUGUCAACACAGAAGGGAAGCGCGUGUCUUCAGCCUGGAAAAAUGCCGAAGGCUCAGAAAGGAAAAGCCGCGGAGAAGGUUGUUCAUCCGUACAGCAGGAAAGCUGCUUACCUCGCCCGAGAGGACAUCAGGCUGAAGAAGAAGGAAAGGCAGAAGACAGACAAAGCAAUACGUCUGAGUGGCAUCGGUGAGAAGCUGUUGUGGUUUCAGGGACAGUUGGAUCCAGAAAAGACCGUUUACACCCGGAAAGAUGCCUGUGACAUCAUUGAAAGGUACCUCCAAAGGUUUGAUUCUGAACUUGAGCAGAUUGAGCUGAUGAACGGGAUCAAAGGUCGACAGGGUCGUCUCCAUGGCGCCAGAGAAGCCGUCAUCAAACAGACCAUCGAGCGAGAGCGAGAACAAUAUGAGGGCAUCGGAUUUGAGAUCCCAGACAUCAUCAAUGGAAAGAAUCUGAAAACAUUCAGGGAGUGGACGGGUGAUCUGAAGAAGCUUCCAAAUAUUAAACUGCGGAAGGUGUCUAACAAAAGUUUGGACACAAAGAAUAAAGAAGAGGAGAAACAUGACGCAGAAGAUGAUGAUGAAGAUGAUUUGGAUGAUGAGCAGCUGGAUGACGUGGCGCUGAUGUCGGAUUCAAACUGAGGCUGGCUCAGUAUGGAAGCUCCAGUCGUCCAUUGGGGACAGCUGACUGUGGAAGUGAACAUCAGACUGGCCCACAGCAAAGACUUUUUAUAGAUGUGACGUGUGUUUGCGUGCUUGUGUGGGAAAGAUGCUGCUACUCCAUGACUGUCCAGAAGAUGGUGCCAAACUCUCAGGGGUGGAAAACUAAAAGUCUAUCAGUCUGUCCUCCCUUAAAGUAUUCUUGUUACUCAGUAACUUCACACCAGCUUGUGAGGGGUUCUACAUUCAUUGUUUAUUGCACAAACAAAUAUGCAUCGUAUGUAACCUGAAUAUUCCAUUUUAUCCAAUCAGAAAUAGAAAAAUGGUUUUGACAAAGAUGUUGAGUGCUCUCGUGUUUUGGAUAUAAGACACAGAGAAAAUUACAUUUUCUGUGACGUGACAGUGACGCUGGUAAAAAACCAAAUUAAACCUGUAGAAAAGUGGACAAGUGUAAACAACGGUCACCUUUUGUAGAUUGAGCGGUCAGUCACUCACACAGUGUGCCAAGUCCAAUGUGAGAACGUGAACGGACGACAACCAUGAAAGCUCUGGUUACAUCAUUGUAUAAAUAGCAGGACCUCGCAGAGCAGGACCACAUGAAGCUGCAAACUGUCCAAAAACAUCAAAAACAACUGGGAUACUUGAGAUUUUCUAUUUGAAGAAAUACUCCAAACUUUUCUAUGACAGUAAAUCAGCCUUUUCAAAACAUUACAUGACAUAAAGAUACAGUUUAGAUAAUUGUUUCUCUACAUAUCGUAUCUGACUCUUUGGUGUCUGAAGACCUGACUGUCCAGAAGGAGAGUUAAGGCCUCAGUAUGCUUCAAACAAAGCGCUUGUUGGAUUGUCUAACAGCAUGUGAAACCCGCCCACAUCCACUUCGGAUAACGGUUGGCCAGAUAUGCGGAGGUGUGAGAACAAGCAGGGUAUGAACUUCUUUCCUCCAGCUGUUCUUUUCCAUUCUUCACACUACUACCUCCAUCAUGUCUUUAGUGUACAACUGAAUGCAAAGCUAUAAAUGUCUAUGACCAGAGACUUUCCCAAAGUGUGCGUCAUUAUUUCAAUUUCACCACUACCACGUCUCUAUGGCACCACGAUGUUGUCCGAGGUUCAUUUGAAGCAUACUGAGAGCUUUAAUAGCGUCCACAGAGUGUUCACACCUUUGACUCGUGUCAGUGCAGUUUGAGAAAGUGCAUACAGGAAUAAAGCUCAACGUACCACGUAACUAAAGUC